ACUCACUCGCUCGCUCUCUGCCGAGCAAAAAAGCUGAUAAACGGUGGACAAAAGCAAAGCAAAGCAAAGCAAACUGAAACCGAACUUUUGCCCAAGUGCAUUUAAGUGCAUUUAAUCAGUGUGCAAAGACGCGUUGUUUGGUUAACGCCGGCCGACGGCUCAGCGGAACAAAUAAAUUUAAUACAAAUAACAACACAACACAACACAACACAACACACACACACAUCACUUUUUUUUUUGCAAGUCCUACGCGAGUGAGCACCUAGCCCCUACUUUUCCCUUAACCGCAAAAUAAAAGUCCCCUUGUGCAAAAAAUAGACCCGUUUUCCAUGGCCUAAACCAAGGACCAUAAUGGUUUUGGAGACCUCCGAGGGCGAUACCAAAAAGUUCCUGACCAACAACAAUAACUCGAGUGCCAGUCGAAAUAACAACAACAACCACAACCACAACAACAACAACAACAGCAGCAGCAGCAACAACAACACCAACAAUCAUCAUCAUCAUCACAGUCCCAAGGAAAUCGAGGAGGAGACUGGCCGGAGUAGCAGCACCAGCAGCAGCAGCAUCCCCACCAACGCCCACCGGUCCAGCGCCGGUCAGCAUCUGCUGGGUGGCUCCCCGUCGAGCGCCUGCUCCACAUCCGUUUCCGGUUGCGGCAUGCCCUCCGAGGGCCUCCAUCCGACGGCCGCCCUCCAGCUGUAUGCCGCCGCCGCCCAACUGGCGCCCAACGGCGUCCGCGUACCGCCCUGGGGUCCCUUCCUGCAGUUCGGCGUGCCGGGCGUCUUUGGUCCCAACGGACCGUUCCUCGGACGGCCCCGUUUCGAUGCCGCCUCCGCCGGCGGACAUCCGAAUUCCGCUGCCGCAGCCGCCGCCGCCACGCAAAUGGCGGCCGUGAAUGCCAGCAAUGCGUUCGCCAAUCUAACGGGACUGAGCGCGGCGGCGCUGCGGAACGUGAGUGCCGCCCAAACGACGGCGGUGGCGGCCGUCGCCAGUACAGUGGCCACCAUACAGCAUCGACUGAUGAUCGGCAACCGGCAGAGUUUGCCGCCGGCGGGACCGCCCAGCGAAGGAUCCAACGAGGAUGGCGGUUUUCCCGGCGACGGCGACGACGACAGCAGCGCGGCCAAGCGGCGCAGGUCGCGCACCAACUUCAACUCCUGGCAACUGGAGGAGCUGGAGCGGGCCUUCUCCGCCAGCCACUAUCCGGACAUCUUCAUGCGCGAGGCGCUGGCCAUGCGGCUGGACCUGAAGGAGUCGCGAGUUGCGGUAUGGUUCCAGAAUCGACGUGCCAAGGUGCGUAAGCGCGAGCACACGAAGAAGGGACCCGGCCGCCCCGCCCACAACGCCCAGCCGCAGACCUGCAGCGGCGAGCCCAUUCCGCCCAACGAGCUCAAGGCCAAGGAGCGUGCCCGGCGCCGAAAGAAACUGGCCAAGGCCAUCGACCGGCAGGCGCGCAAGCUGCAGGCCAAGGGCAUCACCGUGGACCUGGAGGCCCUCAAGGCCGAGUACAUAUCACAGCACAAGGCGAACGGCACCUUCUCCGACUCCGACCUGGAGGACGACGGCAUCCAGAUCGACGUGGUGGGCGGCACGGACAGCGACGACGAGGGCGACAGCGACGCCGUCAGUCCGGUGCGUCUCGGUGGAGGAGGAGGCGGAGGAGCAGGCGGCGCAGGUGGUGGUGGUGGUGGUGGCGCCUCCUCCUCGCUGCACUGCGGCCUGGAUGGCGAUGGCGACAGUUCGCGGGCGGGCAGCUUCAUCGGCGGCGGCGGCAGCCUGGGCAGCCCCAGUUCGGUGGCCCCGCCCUCGAUGCUCUCGAAUGGGGCGCUGCAGUUCGGCAAGCUGGAGCCGAUGGAUGGCAAUGAGUCCGAGGAGCGGGACAGGGACUCGCGCGACUCGCCCAAGCCGCUGCUCUUUCCCGCCAAGGCCUUCCACCAACUGAACCUGCAGAGCAGCCAACAGCACCACGGACUGGGUCAGGGUCAGGGUCAGGGCGCAGGAUCUGGACACGGUCUGGGGCACGGGCAUGGGCAUGGGCACGGACAUGGUCACCAUCUGCACCAUGGCAGUGCAUCCGCCUCGGCGGCGGCGGCGGCGGCAGUGGCCAAUCUGGUGCACCAGACAUCGCCGAUCAGCAUGCGGCGCAGCAAUCCCUUCAGCAUCGAGUCCUUGCUGUUCAACAACACGUGAGGCAACCACGCGAGGAUCCCGCUCCGGCCGCAUCCCCUCGAGACCUCUUCGAUUUGCGCGUUCCUAGGAUAUGUUGCUCAACUUGUUUCCACUUCUCGCACCAUCAGUUUCACCCUUUGUACGUAUGAGUAUCUUCGGUUCAGAGCUUGAAUAUUAUACAUAUAUAUGCCCUAAGUGAUUUAUUUAUUCCAGUGUAAUGUGUAGUGUAUUUUUUUCGUCGUUUUAUUUUGUAUUUUUUAUUAUUGUAUCGCACACCUUGUUCCCAGAGAGAGACUAAAUUAGUGUUGUAAAUGAAUUUAUUAUUUGUACCGCGUAUAUAUACAUACUAUAGAUAACCAUUUUUUUUUGAGUGGCUGAUGCCCAAAGCAAUGCUUGAAACAUGAAUAAUAUAAUUAUGUAAUAGACGUCUAUUGACUAAGGACAUUUUUUUUCCCAGUGUGCAUGCGAUUGAAUGUGUGUGCGUGUGUGUGUGUGUGUGCGCCUGUGUAAAAAUGUAAUUUAAUUUAGCAAAACAAAGGAAGAAAACACAAAGAAUUGAAAUAAUAGAAAUCCACGAGUUAAGUAAGCGAAUAUUUUUUUUUUUUUUUGUGUGUCGAUAAAAGCAGGCUAGAAUAUUACAAAUAUU